GCCUCGAUAAGUUUAUUGCUUCGACCGGGGUCGGGGCACGAUCGAUACCGAGGAAGGUACUGGCUUUCGCAGAGGACGACAGAGGAGGCCCACCUCCGCGGGGGCGACAGGACGAUGAGUCUUCUUAUGCAUUCGGUCCGACAACUACUCUAACUGGAUUGACAAAGCACGACCGCGAAGUGUAUCGGCAGUACGCACAGCCCCGAACGGUGCUUCUGAGUCUCCGAAGUUCGGUCUUCCGGGUCCAGAAGCCUCUUUCGCCGGACGAAAUGGAGGUGUUACGCGACAUUCGAGGCGAGCACGACAUGAAUCAGCUCUGUUUGGCAGGAGACGAAGGCGCACUACAUUCACGAGACACGUCGAGCAGCAGCAGUGUCGGCUAUCACGAUCUCGCCGGGCGAGCGGAAAGGGAAGCGCAGCAAUUGGAUGAUCCAUUCACAGCUGCCACUGACGGCCUCACUGAUAUGUUUCGCGUCGCGCCCCGCAGGUCUUACCGCCGCGGAGACAAGUUACAACCGUCCUCGAGCACCACGACGUCGGUGGCACCAGGAGGAAAAAUGAGCGAACAUCAUUCAGCGCGGAGUCUCAGCAACGCCGAAAACCUCCUGCUUUUGAAACAUUUCAUCGGGUUUCAAGCCUCACCACUGCAAACAAGUGCAGGCCAGCUUUCUGACGAGAUGAUUGCACAAGUCGAUGGUGCCUCAGAGGCAGUUUCCUUUUCGUCCUCUUCCUCUGCUGUUCCUGUUUCCGCUGGAGAUAAUUACAAGAAAGACCAGGGACAAACAAAAAACACAACCCCAGCAGCGCGUUCCGCGAACAAAUGGGAGCGCAGGCUUAAGCACGAGCUUCAGCGGUAUCUAGGUGCGCCGCGAGCGAGCGCACCACGGAGUGCGGCAGUACAGGAUGCGAGCAGAAAUUUGUUCGGGCGGGCAUCAGUGCAACAGGAUCUUCGCGCGAGUACAACGACCGGCUCACAGCGCGACUUCUUCACCUCUUUCAUCGAUGGGGAGUUCGCCGGGGACAGCGAAAUUACAACAAAUCAGCAAGACCGGCCAAAAGGCCCGGACUCUUUGAAGCAAACCGCCUUUUUUCGUCUUAACGCUUACGAGCACUGGUUCGUUUUCUCAUACUUGAACACCUUGCGCGAUCGCAAGACGAAGCGUGCCAGUGAGCAAAACUACUUCGGCGCCGGACCUCCCGGUGGAAUUGCGUCGGUUAAUGGUACUAGCGGACCGACGAGAGGACCAGUAGGGGCAACUGCCGGGAGCGGAUUCUCUGUUGAAAAGCGCAGCCUGUCGUUUGAUUUCUUGCGCGCCGCAGGAGGGAACGGAAGUGGUGCAGCAAGUUUGGGGUUGGCUGGAGGGAGAUACGGGUCGAGCACUGUUGCAUCUUCACGGAGCGCAGUAGUAGAACAGCCGAUGUCACAAUCCAUUUCUCGAUUGAUGGGAAAAUACCCAGCGCGGCUGAAUGCGCAGUUGGGUGCUGCGGAGGGCGAGAGUAUCCAGGCCAAAACGAGCUUUUUGAGUCAAUCCUCGCACAACGGUGCUCACACGAGCUACGUCAAUCAGAAAUUUUACUUCCCGGUUGCAAAUGCACGGGUGUUUGCGGAUACAGAACGAAAAACCCCACGGCUUUUGCUUUGUGAAGAAUGUGGCGAUCCGUUUCUGGAACGGCUGGAUGGCAGUGUGUGCUGCGGAGAGUGCCUGGAAUACCUGAAAUCCAUGGAACUGCUGCAGCAAAACAUCAGUACGGAGAAUGUUAUCGGGCGCUCGCACGUGCGCUUAGCAAACCUGAGUCGUGCAGGGAUUUAUGAACCAGAUCAGCAACGUCAGCCUGCUUUUUCCUCCGAUGGCGCUGGUGAUGUUCAAGAGUUUGAUUCCAGUUCGUCCACAGAUGAUGAAAGCGAGAGCGACCCUUUAGCUUUAUUUCCAGCUAGGAAAAGGCCGCUCAACGAAGCUGCCAGCAGGACGACUCCACGGGGCCGGCCGGACACCAGAGGAAGGCGCGCACAAAUGGCUGCCACAGUUGGUGGCGCGGUCGACGUUGGCGACUCUUUUUGGUACAAUCGCGGCGUCAGACGACGGGAUCGAAGUGACCUGCUCGCCGCUCAAAAACACCAGGGUGGAUCGAAAACUAGCUUAGAUUCACCAGAUAUAAUCAACUUUCCGACCGGAGGAGGAGGGUUUGCCGCGGGCGCAGCAACGACCCUGCGGCAGCGGAGCGAGACAGCAGCGGCAUACUUUUUGGACAGUCCACCUUUCAACUUGCUAGGGGGCACAUCGUCCCGUUCAAACACAAACUUGGACCAAAACGCGGCACACCACCAGAGCCUGUCCCUCGGGAGGCGUGCUCCCGCGGGCCAAAAGCCGGUGAAAACUUCGCUGGCAGAGCUCGGCUUCGGGUUCGGGUCGCCACAGCAAGAAGUAAGCGCGGGACGGCGCGCCGGACCACUUGGCGGGCGGGAGCAAGAUACAGCAGCUGUCUACCGUGCCGCGACGGACGACCGCGCGCUUCUCGGCUCCUUCCAGGCAAGUCUCCCGCCCGUGGAAGGAUCUUCCCAACUCGGAACAUCGAUGUUGCCGUCAGUACCGCGAGCGCCCGUCGCGUUGCCCGCUGGAGUGGAAAGGAAGAGCCUGAGCGCACUGUUGCUGUCGGCGCCUUGUUCUGCGUCAGCUCUUUCAGGGACUGCCCCUGAACACGAUCCUGACGGCACGAAAGGCACCGCGGCAUUUUCCUCCGCCGCGUUUCUGCAAAAGAACUUCGCCAGCAAGUUCACAACCGAGGAGGAACCGAGCGACGCUGUUUUGGAAAGGGCUGCAAUGCUGUUCUCCUUUCCUGGGCCCCGUUCUCGAUCCACGUCCGCGGCUUCGCCGCCACAAAAGGGGAACUUGGCAGGAGAGCAGCAAGUUGGCGGUAGGAAGAGCGAUCCUCGAGGCAGCAAUGUCUCAGUAAAGAAACAGACAGCUCAUGAAGAUGCUGAUGCUCUUCAGCAUCCGACAUUCUUUGAUGUGACACAGGAAUUGACUGCACGUACGUCGUCCAACACUGAGCUCCUUGACCGCGCGUUUCGACACUACUUUUCUAAAUUGCCUUCAGAGGUAGGAUAAGCCUGAAUGCGCGUCGCGAAGGCAUCGAGCUUUUGCCGAAGUGGAUAUAUCGCACUGGUACUGUACUAUGGCGUGACUACGAAUCGAAUCACAGUACGAGCAGAGCCAUACUUGUUUGAGCACGUGUAGUUGUCCUUUUCAC